AUGUCCUCCCUCCAGUACUGCAACGACCGAGGAGCCGGUCAGAAGCUCAGCGACAUCUGCCAUUUUUCUCAAGCAGUCAUCCUCGGUGACACGGUCAAGUGCUCCGGCCAGGGCGGGUGGACGCACGGCGGCGAGCUCGACCCCUAUGAUAUCCGCGGCCAAGUCAACCUCGCCUUUGACAACGUCGACCGUGUUCUCCAGGCAGCCGGCCUCCGAGGAUGGGAAGACGUCUACGCUGUUCGCUCAUAUCACGUCGGCAUGGACUCCUCGUACAACUACGUCGUCGCCAAGCUGAAGAAGCGCAUACCGGGACAUCGGCCGAUCUGGACUGCUGUGGCGGUCCCCAGGCUGGCGUUUCCGGAAAUGAAGAUUGAGCUGGAGGUUGAGGCUUGGAAUAGAAGGACAUGA